CCAGUAAAAUCAAAUCGGAAAGGGAGAAUUCUCGAAGCCGAACCGGGACUCUGGCAUCCCACUCCGGCGCCACAUGCCUCCUGUUCCUGUCUCCCUCGCCGCCGCCGCCGCCACCACCACGAAGUCUGGACCCGCUUCCACCCCUCCAGCAUCCGGCGGCGCUGCCGCUUCUGGUGCUAGACGCAACGGAGCUUCCUUCUAAGCGCCGGUGGCGGGUGGGCGGGAGGGUCAGCGAUGCCGCCGGCCCGUAAGAAGCGCGGGGCGGCGGCCGCCGCCGCCGCAGCUGCUGCGGCGGCGCAGUGGAAGGUGGGCGACCUCGUGCUCGCUAAGAUGAAAGGCUUCCCGGCGUGGCCGGCCAUGAUAACUGAACCAGAGCAAUGGGACCUUCCUGCAGCUAAAAAGAAGUCUAUUGUAGCUAAAAAGAAGUUGCUGGUCUACUUUUAUGGAACUAAAGAGAUUGCUUUGUGCAACUAUGCUGACCUUGAGGCAUUCACCGAAGAGAAGAAAAAAUCUCUACUUGCUAAGCGAUAUGGGAAAGGAGCAGAUUUUGUCCGAGCAGUCAAGGAAAUAGUUGAGAUUUAUGAUUCUUUAAAGGAAGACAAGAAAGACAUUAAUAAUGAUAAUAAUAAGAGUGGCUUUACUGAAAAUAAUCUGAAGAUAGAUGCCAAGAAUCAUGUCAAUGACAUCAGCAGUUUGGAUACAGAAGGUCCUGAUGAUGGUUGUGAUCCAGGCAAUGACAAGAAAAUGGAGGAUUGUCCCUCCUCUUGCAUGGAUUACAGCAUGGUAGGUACUCCUCGUUCUAUUAUCAACACAAUGGAGGGUGAGCAUUGUGUUGUGGAUUCUGCAGAUGGCGACCCUAUUGAAAAGUCAACUAUCCUUCAUGAGAGUAAGCAUUCUCCUUUGCAUGCUAGUUCAUGCUCAAAGAAAAUACAAAAAGAUUCACAGAAACAAAAUUCUUGCACACAUGGUAAUUUUGCAUCAUCGUGGAGAUCAAGAAGUUCAUUAGGCACUGAAUUAAGAACAAUUCAGGAUUCUGGUGGUCUGAUGAAUGGUACUAAUCUGCCUUCUGUUGAUUUAAUUCCUGGUGACAAGCAAGAAGAUUCUGCUCACCGUAAGUGCAUUGAGGAUGAUAAACUAAGCCCGUGUUCUGUUUCUGGUACAAAGGAAGCAGUCUUCUCACAUCCAAGUCAAGGAACCUGCAGUCAACUUGCGGCCUCUGGGGCCAGUAAUGAUGAUGAAGGCCCAUGUAUUGUCAUAGAUAGUGUACAAUGCACUUUUAGUAAUGAAGUUUCUAAACCUGGAGUCAGGGAUAAAGAAGUCAAACUGAAUGGAACGGUUGAUCUUCCCAUGACCACCACCCGAACUUUUAAAAGAAAAAGAAGGGCAAACACUUGUCGUGCUAAUAAUCCUGUCAGUAGUGAGCUAAAAAAUAUGGAUAGGGCAUUGCAGCCUAGGUCAAAUGGAGAUCUUGUAUAUUCUCCAAAUUUAAGAAAUGAAAUUAACAGAUCACAUGGAGAUGAGCACUUGCCCUUGGUCAAAAGGGCAAGAGUCCGAAUGGAAAGGUCUCCACUGGAGAAUGCCACGGUUGAUGAACCUGGUCAUUCUUCUGACAAAACAGAGCCAGCUAAACUUGAUCCAUGUAUUAAGCAUGCAACGUCUGCAAUAUUUGGGAAGGAUCAAUCAGCUGAUGAUGUACCUCCUGGCAUAGAUGCUUCACCCAAAACAAAUUACUCUGACCUGCCAGGAGUUCAGAAUUCUUGUAUGGAUAACAGUGAAGAGCAACCAAUGGUUAUGACAUUGGAUGUAGAAGCUGCUUUACCUCCAUCAAAACGCCUUCAUCGUCUCUUAGAAGCUAUGUCUGUUAAUGCAUCUGAGACUGUGAGUACUUUGCCUGAAGUUACAAAGUCAAAGGAGGUUACCCUGGAAGGCUGCACCGCUUCAACAGAGAGGUCCCCUCCUAAAAACUCUGCAGAUGCACUUGUUGAAAGUCCCAAAUCUGCAAUGGCUAAAAGCCCCACUGUAUCUUUGACUGUGCUUUCUUUAGAUGCCCCAACUGGCCAAAAGCAUAUCACAGAAGCUGUCAUGUUGAACAAGGAUGCCCUCCCUCCUGUUUCUUUGGAUUUGAGAACUGAUGUCAGUGACAGUGUACCAAAGGACAAAGUUUCUGAAGAAACCUGCGUAGAUAGUGAAAAUUUGAGAACUGAUGUCAGUGACAGUGUACUAAAGGACAAAGUUUCUGAAGAAACCUGCAUAGACAGUGAAAAUGUACCUGAUUUGGUUGUACAUACUGGGAUUGAUAGCAAUGACUGUGUAAAAGGUAUAGCCUGUUCCAUGAAAUUGGAAGAGCCUGGCUUUGCUUCUAAGUUUGAUCGACUACCUUCGUGUAAUGCAAGUGGAAAUAAGCCUACGGAAUCCAUCGAAGGCUCGACUAAUGGUUUUGGCAAAACUAUAGAUGUAUCUUCUGAGCCAAUUAGCCGAGCAAAUGCUACUGUCUCGUAUACUAGCGGCAGCUGUGAUCCUGUGCUGCAUAUCGGCACUGUUUUAGAUAAAUCAGUAGUUAGUGUGCGUGACAGAACAAGUGCCUCUUCUUUGGUUUCUAAAGUUCCAUGUAUUCAUUCCGACACAAGCACCGGAGCAUUUGAAAUGCAUAGUUCUUCAGUUAUUGCACUGGAAGACCUUGACCACAGAAUAAACCUAAAGGAUAAGAGCUUAUUUUCAGAUUCAAUGCCUACAGAAGAACUAGUUGCUGAUGGACAUGCUCAUAUAUUCUCUCAAUCAAAUUCAUUCAUAGACAGUUCUCUAGAUUCAAAAUUUGCUUCGGAACCUUUGGUGAAUAUACCUUCACUCAAAGAAGGAUCAAGUAGCUGGUGUUCACCUUCAAAUCAUUCGAUAAGGUCUGCUUCAGAUAGGAUUCAUACUGAACAAGAUAGUGGUGAGAUUCCUUUUGAUAAUCUGCAACAGGAAGGCUUGUUAGCAGGUUGUAAUGAAGCCCAUUCAUCACGGAGGGCGUUUGAAGCUUGUGUUGGUACACUAACACGAACAAAAGAAAGUAUAUCUCGUGCAACACGCCUUGCAUUGGACUGUGCUAAGCAUGGCAUUGCUGGGGAGGUAAUGGAUAUUAUUAUUGAACACCUGGAAAAGGAAAGUAAUUUAUAUAAAAGGGUUGAUCUGUUCUUCCUUGUUGAUUCCAUAAUCAGAUACUGUCGCAAUCAGAAAGGUGGACCUGGUAGUGCCUAUCCUUCUCUCAUCCAAGCAGUCUUGCCACGAAUUAUAUAUGCUUCUGCACCACCUGGAAAUUCUGCUUGGGAGAAUCGGAGGCAGUGUCUUAAGGUUUUGAGGCUCUGGCUUGAGAGAAAAACCCUUUCAGAAUACAUCAUUCGCCACCAUAUUAAAGAGCUUGAGGCUCUUAAUGAUGCGUCAUUUGGAAGCUCUCACCGUCCUUCUGGUACAGAGAGAGCUCUGAAUGACCCGUUGCGGGAUGAUGAGGCAUUUUUUGUUGAUGAAUAUGGAAGCAACGCUGGUCUUGAUCUUCAAAAUUUAAUUUGCACGAAAUUACUUGAAGAUGAGGAUGGAAGGUCCUCUGAGGAGAGGAGCUUUGAAGGUCUUACUCCUGAACAUGAAGUUACUGGUGCUAAUGAACAAGAGGCAUGUCAAUUGCAUGUGACAAAGCAUCAACUUCUAUUGGAAGAAGUGGACGGUGAACUUGAGAUGGAGGAUGUAGCCCCAUCCUCUGGAGCUGAAGCCAGUACUGUAUGUCAAGAAGAUCUGACUAAUAACGAUACUUCUAUAGGAACUGCUCAGCAUCUCAGUUCCGUUCCACCACUACCUGAUGACAAAGCUCCAUCCCCUCCCCCAUUGCCAUCAUCACCACCACCAUUACCACGUCCACCAUAUCUUGUCUCUCAAGAUUCUCAGGUGCAAGGCGCAUUGCCUGUGGCAGCCAAUUGUGUUGCGCAACAUCCAGGAGCCAACUAUAAUGUUGAAGGACAACAUCCUUAUUCUGCUGCAAACAAUCGAGGCAACGUGGAUGCAUGUAUAGCUUCUUCGCAGCCUCCAGUACCAUACAAUUCUGGAUAUGCAGGGCAUACUAAUCAGAUAUAUCAACCGCCGCCGCCACCGCCGCCACCACCACAGCCUAUUGCAACAUUCCCUUCUGGUCCUCAUGGCAGCUUAUGUGGGCCCUCAGUGCCACAUCAUGGAAAUAACUAUCACCAUCCACCACCAGCACCACUGCCGAAUAGUGGAUACCAUUUGCAGCCACCACCACACCCACCAGGUCCGAAUCAGUUCCCAUGUCCACCUGAACCAGAGCAGAGAGCACAGCCUUGGAAUUGCGGCCCUCCGGCCCAUUCCUAUCCUGAGAGAUAUCAGUAUGGUGGACAUGAUAGAGGACACCAUGGAUAUGAUAGAAGACCUUACUUUGAUGAUAGAGGACAUCACUUUGAUGAUAGGGGGCGUCGCUUUGAUGGUGGAGGGCAUUACUUCGAUGAUGGAAUGCAUCACUUCGAUGAUAGAUGGCGCCACUUUCAUGAUAGGGGGCAAAUGCACCAUGAAGUUAUGGAUGGUGGAAGGUUUCCCUCAUUCUUUCCACCAGGCCCCCCAUGUCCAGAUCACUUUGAAGCGCCGCCACCCAACCAAUUUCACUGCGGACGACCAUUAGAUCCUCCACCAGGUCCAUGUUCUGGGUGGCCUAUGCCUCAUAGGAGAUCCAAGUACCCUCCUGAUUCCAGACACUCAAUGGAACCUCCAGUCUCCAAUGGAGGAGGUUGGAGGACGCAUGGAAGACGUGAUUAUGAUAGAUACCAUUGAUGACUGACUGGUAUUAGAAAUUUUAUGUUGGAACUACUGUGCUUACACGUUAGCCCCAUUACAAAUUUAACUUCUGAGAUGCAUGAUUUACUUGGGAUAAGAUACUCGUGAAGUGUGGAAUAAGAGCAUUCCCCACUAAGUUUCCUACAUACUAUUUCUGUUUUGCAUUAUUUCAGAAUGAUAUUGGACUCCGCGACUAAACUCUGAUCAUGGCUGAUUGGUAGUGCUUGGUUGGGCCUGGUGGUGUUGUGGCAAUGGUUAUGGUUUUCCUUGUCAUUGGUGAAUUGUGAAGCAUUCGUCAAUGUCCAUUCACUGAUGUCCUUAGUGUUAAGUCUCUUGAAAAUAAGAGACGCAACCCACCCACUGUACAUAUGUAGCUGUAGCAGUGUUCUGCAAAUGCAGAAACGGGAGCCAGGCCAGUCGUCUGAAGGGUGUGAGCCAUGUUGUUAACCUUAGCAUUCCACCAUCUUGUCGACAUCGCUGUGUAUUUCUUUCAACACUGUUGCAUCGAACAGUCAUUUUUUUAUGACAAUUUAGUUUGUAGUUUGACAGUGGAGCACACGGCCAAAAUUCAAAUGUUUAUUUUUGGGGUACCUGUAGACUUUAUUGGGCAUCUUUUGAUGACGUAAAUAUGGCUCAAUAUAUUCUUCGGGCGAAUGCAGGCGAGUCGCCGCACACUGCGAGGCAGUUUGGCUCUUCUGAGGUGUGGGUUUGGGAAUGUACUCAAAUUCGAUAUAGAGAGGAAACCAUAGUGGGAUAUUUUGGCGGUAUAAA